GGAAUCGUCGUCUCGGGGUUUGCGUAGCUGUCAAGGCCGGGGCCCGAUGAAUAGCAGAGAAGAUAUUUGGAUCGAAGGCGGGUUGGCAAAAUGCCAGUCGUCGUGGUCAACGUUGUCCUGGGCCAAGCCCUGAGCUGCCCCCCUGGAGUUCACUCUCCUCCCCGCCUGAUGAAAUCGAUGGUGAUGUGCGGGGAAGCGAUGGUGAGACUUCUUCUGAGGUUCGGAUGGACCGAGGCUCGAUUGAUCUCUAUCGCUUCAUGCUCAUCGUCGUCGAAUUCGUCGGUCGGGGCACCUAAUCCGCGGUCGGAAAGAGUGGACACACACGCCACAUGAAUCCUGAAGCCAAAGGGAGCGGGGCAUUUGGUGUGCCAACGCAUAGUCUUGGCAUUUUUGGAAGGUUGGUGUGGUUCUCGGAGGUGUGUGU